AUGACAGCUGUCACUGCCUUAUUUGACCCGGCCAUGCCGGAUGAAACAAGCAUUAGUCUCUUCUCCAACACCUCCAUGGCACAACUUACGGUUGCCUUGAAGAACAGCAAUGAUGGCCCGGACCCAGUCGGGAAAAGUUUUGGGCCCAGUGCGAGUGAUUAUAAAGGCUUUAUUGCACAGCCGUCACAGCUAGCCUCGGGUUCAUUUCGCGGUUUCCGCGUCGUGGUUGCCGCCACCGUACCGAGAACAGUUGAAGGUCGCCCAGCCACUAACCAGAUUUCCAUCGUUUCCCCUGUAUACCAGGGGCUUGCUUCCAAUACGUUGGAAAACAAAAAGGUGGCAGUCUCCAACUCUGACACAUCCGCAUGGGUAUACUUUCUAGAUGGUACCAAGGAUAAAGUGAAGUUAAAGGAAUUCAGCUUCUCAAAUGGCAAUGUUACGUCUUACAUGGACGGGGGCGACGUUGCGCUCAAUAGCUCGCUUGGCGCUUGGUAUGAGCCGGCAAGUGAUGAGCGCUUUGUUGUCUAUCAAGAAACAAAAUACGGGCGUCUGAAAGAGUUGAGUCUAAUAGACCGGACAACCCACGACAUUGUCAGCACGAGCGAUGCAAAGGCCGGCACGUCCAUUGCUGUGACGAACUACCAGGACACAGCUUACUUGUAUUACGCUGACAAGUUGGAUAAUGCGCGACGAGUGACCAAGAGCAGCGGACAAUGGGGUUCCUCCCAGAUCGUACGAGACAGCCCGCCAGUUGGGGACAAUCAGAUAGCUGUUGUGACGGCUAAUGGCUUCAACCACAUAUUCUAUUUGGCACGCGACGAUACAGUUGAUUCUCGCGGGUUUUCACACAUAGUCGAGCGAAUCUAG